GGAAGAAAGGCUGCAGGUAUUCAGGUGGGAGGCUGGACGCGCGGAGAUCCUGCGUGGAAAUGCGCCGCUCGCGGACAGGAUGAAUUUAUGACCUUAACAUGGCUGAUAAAGGGCCUUUUUUAACUUCAUGUAUGAUUUUCUACUUAUCGAUCGGAGCGGCGAUUUUCCAAAUUCUCGAGGAGCCAAACUGGGUAUCCGCCAAAGACAAAUAUAUCCUGCAGAAGGAAAACAUUUUGAGGAACUAUAAGUGCUUGACAGAAGAAGAUCUCAAUGAGAUACUAAAGGUUGCGUCAGAGGCUGCGGGUCAAGGUGUGGCCAUCACUGGAGACAAUCACCGCAACACUUGGGACUGGUCCAACUCUGUCAUCUUUGCAGCCACUAUUGUCACCACCAUAGGUUAUGGUAAUGUUGCUCCCAAGACAAAAGGUGGCCGUGUGUUCUGCAUCCUGUAUGGUCUGUGUGGGAUCCCGCUGUGUCUGGUCUGGAUAAGUGAGCUGGGCUCGUUCUUCGGAGACCGGGCCAAACGUCUGUCACAGGUUCUGAUACGUAAAGGUGUUUCAGUGAAAAGGGUUCAGUUAACUUGUACAGCCUUGUUCCUUUCAUGGGGGCUGCUGGUGCACUUGGUGAUUCCUCCAUUUGUUUUUAUGUCUAUGGAAGGAUGGAGUUACUUGGAAGGCAUCUACUUCUCUUUCAUCACUCUCACUACAGUUGGCUUUGGAGACUAUGUAGCGGGUGUGAAUCCAGAUAUCCAGUACCCUCGCCUGUACAGAGUGUUUGCAGAGCUCUGGAUUUACAUGGGCCUUGCCUGGCUCUCCCUGUUCUUCAGCUGGAACGUCCACAUGGUUGUGGAAGCUCACAAAGUGCUGAAGAAAAGACGACAAAAGCACAGACACUUCUACGAUGAAGAACCCGUAGAGGACAUAAAAACAGAGGACGUAAAGCCAACUGUUGUUGACAUCUUCGACUUCCUCUCUGAGAAGGACAAAGACUACAGCGCCGUCAUCGAAGAGAUUGGAAUGACAGCGAGUAAAAACAAAAAGGUGGAGAACAUAAAUCGGUCAAAGAGCUGCAGUGACAUCUUGGCCACUGACAUUCAGAUGCUGGAUCACUCGCCACGGCAAAGGCGCAGGAUGAGUAUCAGCGAAGUGUUUAUAAAUGCAAUAAUUGAAACAAGUGAAGAAGAAAACGAGUUUCUUUUUGAGGAGGAAAACAUUAAAGAGCUAGAACAUACAACAUGCGUGAAAACAGGUGACGAGGUGAACGAGAACGAUUCUGCUUCCAACUCUGAAAAUGAUGCUAUCCACUUCACUGUACCAACAAAAGAUGCUACAGAGGAGGAGAGUGUGCAGCAUCCUGAUGGUGGGGAGACAAGGUUUACUAUAUCCAAGGUAGCCGAGGGCCACGUGCCAUUGAAUAAAGAUGACAAAGGUUGACAAAGGGUAAAAGAAGAUUUAUUGAUCCACAAAGAGAAGAGUUGAGGUGCUGUUUGUGGUGGCAUUAAACCUGCAAAAUAAGGAACUGUUCUCACAAAAUGCCCUAUUAGUUUAAACUUUCAUCACAUUUGUGUCAACUUUCAUCUUUUUUUAUUGCAUUAAAUUAUAAAAAUGUAAAAUUUCUAACCAAAUACAACAUUUUAUUGUUUUUUUUUCAUAUUAGCUGCACUCAGUGAGCCAAUGUAAAUCAUCUCUUUGCAAGCAGCAAAUAAAGAUAUUUUCAUCUUGCAUCUCUGCAGACUGAUACAAAAUUCCAACAGUCAAAAAGAUAUAUUGUAGAUACAGAGUGUAGCGAUCAUCUCAGGUCGCAGGACAGAGCCUUGUGGAACACCGUGCCAAUAAGCAACUUUCCUUCGAAGACGGCUGCUACAGUGGAGCCCAUGAGCUCACGGCCGUCGUCACCGUACUCCAAGGUCACCACUGGCCGCUCCGAGAGAAUGUCCUUGAUCUUCAGGACCUGCGGGAAACAUUAUUACAUUAUUUUUAGGUGCAUUUUGAAAACAAUUUAAAUGAGUGAAUCAUAGUGUGAAGAAAUGACAAAAACAAGACACCAACCUCAGAACCAGGUGGAUUUUCAGGAUCCAGCUGUUCUGUCAGUUUACUGCCAUUUGGAUGACACCCUAGCCACAGGUCACCUGUCUUCUGG